GGACGCAGCAGUAGCUUCCGCACCGCUCGGCAGCUCCUUUACAGUUCUGCGCGUUGAGUGUGAGCGAUGUCUCUUUCUCACAUGGAAGAGGCUGAUCGCCUGACGGUGUGUUGCGGAAUUAGUGGAGUGAGGCAGCAGUCGUUUUAAGGCAUUAAACGGGGUAAGAUCUGGGAAUAAAGCUUGACCAGGAGGAGAGACUUAUCCUGAGCAGAGGGAAGAGGAAGGACAAAACAAAUCAGAAUAUAAGAAGAGAAGGAGAAAGGAAGAGGCGCUGGGGCUCACGACUCACCUAUACCUGACUCUUCUUAGCAAGUCUCCAGUCUUUUGGUUUUAUGACGGAAAGUGUAUCCCCCUGCAGUAGAUCAGUAAGAAGUGCUCUUCAAUAUGAAUACAGGGAGUGAUUCUCACUCAUCAGACUUGGAUUCCUGGCGGUCACGCAGUGUAACAGAUGGCCUUAAGAACGGAGAUGCCAACAGCUCAUCUCUUGCUGCCAAAGGCUUCCGCAGUGUCAGACCCAACCUACAGGAGAAAAAGUCUCCAACACAGGGGCCUCCCUCCCCUGACCCCACAGCACGGCACUCCCCCUAUCGCUGCCACAGCUCAGAAUCACUCGACUACCUGUCAGGCCUAAUGCCCAAGACUCUAUCGCCCACCCCGUAUGUUCCUAGUGGAGCUAGCAGCACAGCUGGUGCAGUCAGCAGGCCGAGCCUUACCGCUGUCAGCAGUGCGAGCAUCAGUGGCUGUGUGUCACCCUCGGCUUCCCCCCUGACGGUGUCAGCCCUCAGCCACUACUCAUCGUCCACGGCGGGUCUGCUGGAUGAGCUGCAGAUCUGUAGCCUGGACUCACCUGGCGCCUCACCCACACCAUCGCCCACCCUCAGCCAUGUCUCUACCUACACUUCCACUGCUGGCCUUGAUGAUGUGCUAACAACCUCUGUGGCCUCCACUGCUGCAGCAUCCACUUUCACUAACGGCCAGGUUCUCUCUCACGCUAUGAAUGGAAGUACUAGUCAUCCACAGAGGCCCCUCUCUCCCCCAUCCUACCCUCCUCCCCCGUCCUCACUCCACACUGGGCUCCAGAGACAGAGCAGGAGUUCAGAGGGCAGCGAGUCAGUCACCAGAGAGUCUGUGGUGUCGGGCCACACCAGCGUCAGCAGCACUGUGCCCAUUGCCCACUUCUCAGAAGAAGAGAAAAAGGUGUCCGUCAUUAAAGCCCCUCAUUAUGAAGGCAUCGGCCCUGUGGACGAGUCUGGCAUCCCUAUUGCCAUCCGUACGACGGUGGAUAGGCCUAAGGACUGGUACAAAACUAUGUUCAAACAGAUCCACAAGGUUCACAAAGCAGAUGAUGACUAUUCUGACACAUACAAUGCAACAUAUGCUGUCAUUAACAAUGAUGACUACAGCCUUUCGUCCAACACCACCAUGGCCCACCCUGCUCCCCGGACACAUACGUACAGGCCACUCGCCAAAAGCCCCUCGGACAACGGAGGUCAUCUGGGGCCUCGGGAGCCUUCUCCAUCCCCUGUACCCCCUCCACCUCCACCCAUGCCAUCUCUCCUCCAACUGAGGGCCAGAGACAGUGACCGUGAUAAAGACUUGCCUGACGCGAAUGAAUGGGGUCCUCCCAACAGGAAAGUGGACACACGAAAGUACCGUGCAGAGCCCAAGAGUAUUUUUGAGUAUGAGCCUGGGAAGUCCUCUAUUUUGGAACAUGAAAGACCAACCUAUGAUGACAUAGAUUUAGAGAACGAGCCUUGGUAUAAGUUCUUUUCCGAGCUGGAGUUUGGGCGGCCGCCUCCUAAAAAACGGCUGGAUUAUAAUCCAGACAUCUCCGCUCGCCAGCGCAUUGAGACAUCCCUGCACAUCGCUCCUGCUGACAAGGCUCCGGAGAGACCUGCAAGUGCUGCCAGCGACUACAGGAAAAGAAGGAAGUCUGAACCGUCAAGUUCACAAGUGAACACUCAGUCUCAGAACAGAGCUGCAACUUCCCCUAAACCAGUGGAUGUCUACAGACCCAGCAGCAGCCUAAAGAAACCUGUUAUUCGUUCCUCACCAUCCUCACCCUCCAGAGCCAAAGACCAGGAUGUCUCCAGGUGUUAUUCCACCAUGGAUGGACGCCAGACACCCCAGAGUAGAAGACCUACUCCUGACAGAGAGGUCUCCCAUAAACAGAUGACACAACUUAUUCUGUUCUCUCUCCUCCAUCAGAAACAGCCUGCAAGAGCCAUUUAUGAUUUUAAGGCACAAACAGCUAAGGAGCUGACGUUUAAGAAAGGUGAUGCAGUGAACAUCAUCCGACAGAUAGACAACAACUGGUAUGAAGGAGAGCACCGUGGACGGGUUGGAAUAUUCCCCAUGUCCUAUGUAGAAAAGAUGCCAUCCUCAGAGAAGCAGCAGCCGAUUCGUCCUCCUCCGCCAGCACAUGUCAGAGAGAUCGGAGAGGCAGUAGCUCGCUACAACUUCAAUGCUGAUACUAAUGUGGAGCUAUCUCUCAGAAAGGGUGAGAGAGUAAUUGUGGUAAGGCAGGUGGACCAGAACUGGUAUGAGGGGAAGAUCCCAGACACAACCAAACAGGGCAUCUUUCCUGUGUCAUACGUUGACAUCGUCAAGCGUUCCCCAGCCAAGAGCUCCGCCCACCACAUAGACCCACAUGGUUACCCUGGCAACAGGACACCAAGCUCUACACCUAUCAAGCCUGUCUACCAUCUACCCCCAUCCCCCACUACUUGUGAUCUCCCCUCCCCUCACCCCCCGUUGAGAAGGGUUGACCUGCAAGUGAUCACCAGUGAGUGGCUUUCCCUCACAAUGGACCCAUCGGCAUCCACUCCAGCUCACUCCCUCACGACCACCCCUGUACCACCCACACCACCCCCUCUCCCUACCAACUUUCCACCUUUCCUAAAGGCUCAGGAGCCUAAGGCGCUCUCGCCUGUGCCAUCACAAAGAGGCUUUGCCCUGCCGCCCCAAACAUCUUCCAGAACUGCCUUGCCUUUCUCUCAACCUGAACCUCAUCCUCCUCCACCACCUCCUCCUCUUCCUCCUCCUCCUCCUCCCCUUCCUCAUUCCUCAAUUUGCUCUUCACUGCCUGACUCUUCACUGCAGUGCAACAGUGGCAAAGGACUAGCACAAACAUUACACUUUCCUAAGCCAGAGGUUUUGUCCUGCACAGUGCCAGAGCCAGUGAAAUCACCCACAGUUCCACUGUGCAAUAACAUAAAUGUAAACAAAAGCAAGAAAAUCCCUGAUAUUGAGCUGCACGUAAAAGAUCCAUAUGAUGAGCUCCUGUCCAUGAUUCUGGACGGUUCUACCAGUGCAGAUGAUGCUGACUUUUCAAGAUUGUCUCCAGUAGAUUCCCCAGCAGCUACGCUAACCAGUAAAUCCCAAAGCAGAUUUAAGCAAAAAUCCGAAGAAUCCUGUCAGCCAGCACUGAAACCCACAGCAGUCACUCCAGUCAGCGACUUGGCAGGCAAGUUAAGGCUAAAGGCAGAAGAAUUCCAUCAGCCAGCAGUGAAACCCACAGCAGUCACUCCAGUCAGCGACCCAUCGGGCAGCGUUUGGUUAGAGGUGCAGUUUCACAAGCCUGUUACAAUGGAGCCACUUUCCAUAAGUUGGGGAGAGCAGUCAGAAACUCUGAAUGAGCAACCCUUUGAUUCUCAGAGACCACAAUCGGUGAAAGGAUGGGGAUAUACUGAGUUGUUCAUUGAGGAAGAGGAAGAAACUAGAGAGGACAAAGAGGAGGACAAUAAAGGUGUUAAUGAGAGACUCAGUCUGCAGGCUGAUGUCUCUCCUUCCACUCUGACACAGCUUCCUCAUCCCGGCCUCCCCUCACCUUCUGUACCAUCACCUCUGACUUCCUUACCUCCCCCUUCUCCUUCUCCUCCUCCUCCUCCUCCUCCUCCUCCACCUCCUCCUUCUUCUUCUUCUUCUACUUCUGUUUUCACUCCUUCUUUGUCUUCUUUCUCACGGUCACAACAGCAGGAUCGGAUCACCAUCCCUCCCUCCCCCCCUGUAUCCCCUCGGCCCCCGUCCCUUCCUCACCUCAUGACAUCACCCCUACCUCCAGCCUCUCCGUCUCCGCCUGUCUCACCACCUCCCCUCCACUCCCCUCACCCCUCUCACCCCUCUCCAAACGUUCCCUCACAGAGCUCUGUCUCAAGCUCUCCCUGUCUUCCUCAUCCGGUCACAUCUUGCCUCGACUCAGAGUCGCCUAUUUCCCUUCCCGCCAUGUCUCCCCCUAAACCCGUCUCUCCUCCCCUCACCACUCCACGCUCUCCCCCCACUAUACCCCAUCCAGGACGUAGGUCUCCCAAGGUGAAGGAUCCAGUUGUUGGUGGUAAACCUCCUCGUAGUCCCAUCUUGUCCCGGAGGUCCUAUCUCCCCAUUAGAGGUCGAAGGCGAUUAGUACAGGAUGCACUCCAAGGUGGAGGAGACCCGUACCAGGCCGUGUACAACUAUCUUCCUCGCAACGAGGACGAGCUGGAGCUGAGGGAGGGCGACAUUGUGGAUGUGAUGGAGAAGUGUGAUGAUGGCUGGUUUGUCGGGACCUCUCGGAGGAGCAAGUUGUUUGGAACCUUCCCAGGAAACUAUGUGAAGCAGCUAUAAUGAUGAUUCCAGACUCCCCCCCCUCCCGGCCCCGCCCCUUUCUGUGACACGUUCAUCGCCCUCAGCACAGCACCCGCAGGACACCGCCUCCCAACACUGGUCCCCCAAGACCCUGUCGCACAUUUAUGUGUUUGCGUGUAUGUGCGGCUCGUCGGCUUCACACAGACAGAACAUUUAGCUCUAACUAGCCAUCUUUAAUGGAAGACUUCUAUAAAAUAAUGUUGUUUUUUUAACCUUAUCUUUUUAUCCUUAUUUUUCUAUUAUGGAGAACCCAAACUUUGUGCUCCAGUCAGUGACCUUUAACUUUUGACAGUGAUGGAACGAUAUCGAAGGACCUUUGCAAACAGUCAAUGAUAGAAAACAGGGCACGGCAGUGAUGUUUUUCUUUCUGUUAAAGGGCAGUAAGAUCACCACCAUCAACUUUUUUAUUUUCCUGCAGUAUCCCAUUUAAAAACACUUGUUGCAUUUCAUUUCAGUGUUCAAUUACAAAUAUACCCAAAGACAUUUGGUGCAGAGAGUGUUGUAAAAACAGUAUUCUGUCAGCAGGUCUGUUGUUUACGAACUGUGUUGAAGGGAUUGCAGUCGUACAGCCAAUAUUUCAGGUAAAAGGAUGUUACUUCCCGCAGUUACAUGUGGAAAAGACUGUGCAUGUAUCAACGUUAUGUGUUACCAGAGGUAUUGAGCAAGAUUUGGGAAUAUAUUUGUUUUGAAACAAGUUUUUUCUUAAGCAAUUAUUGCAAAUAUUGCAAAUGAGGAAGUGGAAGAAAUAUCAUUGACACUGUUGUACUUGCUGUCUAAUCUUAACACAUUAGAUUUGAAGUAUAAGAUUAGAAAACACACAAAUAUUUUCAAAUUGUUGGUUCUUCAUCUUCACACUAGGAUUGAUGCACUUUAACGAAACUUUAACACAAUUUCGUGUUUGUUUUAUCUCAAAUUUCACUUCAGAUUUUUCAUACUAGAAGUUAAUAUGACUGUGAGACUUCGGAGUAUAGCCUAUUGGUCAUGUUUGAAAAGUGUAUGCAAAAAGGUUACCAACCUUUUUAGGUAUUAUAUUUAUUAGAGGAUAAGUGCUGGUCAAACUGUGUUAUAAGACAAUUGUAGAAAGGAUGGAACAACACGUUGCUUUUUUUAAAAACAUCUUUCAACAGCAGUAAACCCACUCUUAAAGGAUUGUUAUUGUAUUGUCAUUGUCAUUGUCCAGAUAGGUUCUGAGUGACACAUAACACCGUAGUUGAUGGGCUAUAAUUAUGCCAGGUGUCAUGAUGUUUUAUGUUGAAUUAUUUAAGUCAGAUGCAGGAUGAGAUGGCAUUUAUUGAAAACUUCAGUCAUUUAACUGCAGUUUUUUUCCACUAAACUUUGGUGGCAUCUUUUAACCCUCAUGUAGUUAUAUACUAUUAGGAAUUCUUGACAGUUUCCAUCUUAUCUUGUCAUGCUUGGUGAAUGUGAUUUAUGUUUUCUGUUUUUUUCCCAUUUUACGUGUUUCACAUAGGAUGGACACUGACAACAAAACAAUUGUUAAAGCACCUUAAGAUAUAUUAUGUUUUAUCAUUCACGCAUCAUACGUCACCUCCCCUGUCAUCCACUAUUUCAGCUGGUGUGAGAACACUUGUGUGUGUGUCUGUGGUGUUUUUGUAAGCCUUUUGUAUGAGAGCUGUAAAAUGGCCAACAUCCACUUGCUUUAUAAAGUCAGCUUUUUCUCACCCACCAUCACA